AUGACAGCUGCAACUGACAUUGAGAACGACGUCGGCCAAAAGUCCUCGGAUUUAAUCACAGAAGAGGAAAACUCCAAAUCAACCAUGGCAUUAAAUGAGGCUGAAGAUCCUUUUGGAAGUGAAGAACAUGGGCAGAUCAAAUAUCGAGUGAUGUCGUGGUGGCAAUGUGGGAUGAUUAUGAUAGCACAGAAUAUUUCGCUAGGAAUUCUAUCUCUCCCUUCGGCAGUUGCAACCCUAGGAAUUGCGCCUGCCAUCAUCAUUCUCUUAGGUCUGUCUGCUAUUUCUUGGUACACCGCGUUCGUUAUCGGGCAGUUCAAACUACGGUAUCCCCAGAUUCACAGCAUGGCCGACGCUGGCGAACUUCUUAUGGGCCGCAUCGGACGGGAGUUACUCGGAACUGGACAGCUUUUGCUUUUGAUUUUUAUUAUGGCUAGUCAUAUUCUCACUUUCUCGGUGCUGAUGAAUACACUCACCAACCAUGGAACUUGCACCAUCGUCUUCGCCGUGGUUGGCACGCUGGUGAGCUUCGUUGGCGCCCUGCCUCGAACGAUGGACAAGGUGUAUUGGAUUUCAGUUGCAUCUUUCGCGAGCAUUCUCGCUGCAACAGUGGUGACAAUGGUGGCUAUUGGUGUUCAGGCUAAGGGACCUGAUCUUACAGAAGCAACGACAGAGGUCAGCUUCCAGAAGGCUUUCCUUGCUGUCACAAAUAUAGUGUUUGCUUAUAUCGCUCAUGUGGCAUUCUUUGGAUAUAUGUCUGAGAUGGACGAACCCCGUGACUUUCCCAAAUCACUUGCCCUAUUGCAGGUAGUUGAUACCUGCAUGUACGUUGUAACGGCAGUUGUGAUCUAUCGAUACGCCGGACCUGAUGUGGCGUCCCCUGCUUUAAGCUCUGCCGGACCGAUUAUGAAGAAGGUCACCUAUGGGCUCGCAAUCCCGACGGUAGUUUUCUCCGGUGUUGUUCUGGGCCAUGUCGCUGGCAAAUAUAUUUAUGUCCGACUCUUCCGCGGCUCGAACGUCAUGCACCAGCGCAGCUUUGCCUCCAUUGGAGCUUGGGUGGCAAUUGGAGCAAUCUUAUGGGCUAUAGCGUUUGUAAUUGCGGAGUCAAUUCCCGUCUUUAACGACCUCUUGAGUCUGAUUAGUGCUCUUUUCGGAAGCUGGUUUAGCUACGGGCUACCUGCUGUCUUCUGGCUUACGAUGAACAAGAAACAACUGUUUUCUACCCCGAAGAAAGUCUUACUCACUGUCCUAAACGUCAUCAUCUUUGGCAUAGCCUGCGCGAUUUGUGUACUGGGACUUUGGACUUCUGGUCAGUCCAUAUCCGACAGCGGCAAGAGCGCCACCUGGACUUGUGCAAACAAUGCGGACUGA